AUGUCCAGACAAUCGGCAGGAGCCAACGCCCCCCGCUGGGUCGUUGCUUCCCGCCGGAGCUCCGCAGGGUACCGAGCUCAGGAGCAGCGGCCGGCGGGGGAGCCCAGUAGAAGAGGUCGCGGAGGAAGUCGGGGCAGGCGAGGUGGAGAGUGGAGGGAGCCUUCCGGGGCCCCGGAAGCCGGGUCGGCUGGCCGUCGGGAACCGCCGCUCUGCUUCCGACUGAAGAACGACCUGGUGGGCGUCGUGAUCGGUCGUGGAGGGACAAAAAUACGAGAAAUCCAAAAUACAACAAACACCAGAAUACAGAUAACAAAAGGAAAUCCUGAGGCAGAAGUCAAAAUUUUUGGCAAUAAGGCAAUGCAGACAAAAGCAAAAGCAAUGAUAGAUAAUUUUGUAAAAAAACAUGAAAAUUACAAUCCAGAACACAAAAGUGUUCUUGAGUUCCAGCCUUCUGUUGAAAAAGAGGUAAACGCAAAUGACAGUGGAACAGAUGACCAGCCACUGAUAGACUGGGACCAGAUUCGAGAAGAUGCUUUGAAGUGGGAAAAAAAAAAGUGGGCAGAUUUACCCCCAAUUAAGAAAAACUUUUACGUAGAGUCAGAAACAACAAGCUCAAUGUCACAAGUGCAAAUAGACACCUGGAGGAAGGAAAAUUUUAAUAUAACAUGUGAUGACUUGAAAGAUGGUGAGAAACGUCGUAUCCCCAAUCCUACUUGUAAAUUUGAAGAUGCCUUUCAUAGUUACCCUGAAGUGAUGGAAAAUAUUAAAAAGGCAGGUUUUCAAAAUCCAACACCAAUUCAGUCACAGUCAUGGCCAAUAGUUUUGCAAGGAAUAGAUCUUAUUGGAGUAGCACAAACCGGAACAGGGAAGACACUGUCAUAUUUAAUGCCUGGAUUUAUUCAUCUAGACUCUCAACCAGUAGCUAGAGAAAAAAGAAAUGGACCAGGCAUGUUAGUCCUUACGCCUACCCGGGAAUUAGCUCUUCAAGUGGAAGCUGAGUGUUCUAAAUAUUCAUAUAAAGGUCUUAAAAGUGUUUGUAUAUACGGUGGUGGAGAUAGAGAUGCACAAAUACAAGAUAUUUCAAAAGGUGUAGACAUCAUCAUUGCAACUCCGGGAAGACUGAAUGACCUACAAAUGAAUAACUUUGUCAACCUGAAAAGUGUAACCUAUUUGGUUUUAGAUGAGGCAGACAAGAUGCUGGACAUGGGAUUUGAACCCCAGAUAAUGAAGAUUUUGUUAGAUGUGCGCCCAGACAGGCAGACAAUUAUGACAAGUGCUACUUGGCCAUAUGCUGUCCGUCGCCUUGCACAAUCUUAUUUGAAAGAACCAAUGAUUGUCUAUGUUGGCACGUUGGAUCUGAUUGCUGUGAGCACAGUGAAGCAGAAUAUAAUCAUCACCACAGAGGAAGAGAAGCGAACUCACAUCCAAACGUUCCUGGAGAGUAUGUCACCUAAAGACAAGGUCAUUGUCUUUGUGAGCAGAAAAGCUGUUGCUGACCACUUAUCAAGUGACCUGAUUCUUCGACAAAUAUCAGUAGAGUCUCUGCAUGGAAACAGAGAGCAGAGUGAUCGGGAGAAAGCACUAGAAAACUUUAAAACAGGAAAAGUGAGAAUACUAAUCGCUACCGACUUGGCAUCGCGCGGUCUUGAUGUCCAUGAUAUCACACAUGUGUACAACUACGAUUUUCCACGGAACAUUGAAGAAUACGUGCACCGAGUGGGGCGCACUGGAAGAGCGGGGAGGACCGGCAUGUCUAUUACACUUAUCACAAGAAAUGAUUGGAGGGUUGCCACUGAACUGAUUAAUAUUCUGAAAAGAGCAAAUCAGAAUAUUCCAGAAGAGCUUGUUUUGAUGGCCGAGAGAUACAAAGCAAAUAAACUGAAAAAAGAAAUGGAAAAAAAAAUGGGAAGACCUCAAGGAAAGCCCCAGAAAUUUUAUUAACGUUUUUUGUGGCACUGCCCAACCAGAGAAUUCAAGAUUUUUUAGAAAUAGAUACUAUUUAAAAUGGAAAUGUUGAAACAUACUAUCAGUAUGAAGAGACUUGACUGAUUCCUUA